AUGGCCCUGGAUUCCAUCUCCAGUACCGGGGAAGAGGAGAAAAUGACGCGUAAACCCAACACUUGGCCAGGAGUCCGCGAAACUCUCGAGCCAGUCUCUCGAGAUCCAUUCAGAGCUCCGACGAGCGAGCCGGCGGUCAUAGCCCCAGGCAAGGAGACCCCCGGGGGCGCCGCCGCGACUCUAAACCCGAAGUGUCACCGGGAACAGGUUACAGUUCUUUGCAAAAUGUGUUGGACUGGUAAUGCAGUUUUCUUGCCUUUUGAUAGCUGUUCAAGAAAGAGAACCCUUGGUAUGGUGAAGAGUCUUCUGCCCGUGCUGGACUGGCUCCCCAAGUACCGAGUCAAGGACUGGCUGCUCAGUGAUGUCAUUUCAGGAGUUAGUACUGGACUAGUGGGUACCCUGCAAGGAAUGGCGUAUGCUCUGCUAGCUGCAGUUCCUAUUGAAUAUGGUCUCUACUCUGCCUUUUUUCCUAUCCUGACAUACUUUAUCUUUGGAACAUCAAGGCACAUCUCAGUUGGACCUUUCCCUGUGGUCAGUUUAAUGGUGGGAUCUGUUGUUCUAAGCAUGGCCCCCGAUGAACGUUUUAUCACUCCCAGCAGUAAUGGAAGUGCACUGAAUACAACCAUGCUAAACACCAUAAACACUGAGGCCAGAGAUGCAGCAAGAGUAUUAACUGCAAGCACUCUUACGCUUUUGGUUGGAAUUAUACAGCUUGUGUUUGGAAGUCUGCAGACUGGAUUCAUAGUGAGGUACUUGGCAGAUCCUUUGGUUGGUGGAUUCACAACAGCUGCUGCCUUCCAAGUGCUGGUCUCACAGCUAAAGAUUGUCCUCAACGUUUCAACCAAAAACUAUAAUGGAGUCCUCUCCAUUAUCUAUACUCUGAUUGAGAUUUUUCAAAAUAUUGGUAAUACCAAUCUUGCAGAUUUCAUUGCUGGAUUACUUACCAUCAUCAUCUGUAUGGCAGUUAAGGAAUUAAAUGAUCGAUUUAAACACAAAAUCCCAGUCCCUAUUCCCAUAGAAGUAAUUGUGACAAUAGUUGCCACUGCCAUUUCAUAUGGAGCCAACUUGGAAAAAAAUUACAAUGCUGGCAUUGUUAAAUCCAUCCCAAGUGGGUUUUUGCCUCCUAUACUUCCACCUGUGGCUAUGUUUUCUGAGAUGCUGACUGCAUCGUUUUCCAUCGCUGUAGUGGCGUACGCGAUUGCAGUAUCUGUGGGGAAAGUAUAUGCCACUAAGCAUGAUUACACCAUCGAUGGGAACCAGGAAUUCAUUGCCUUUGGGAUCAGCAACAUCUUUUCUGGAUUCUUCUCUUGUUUUGUGGCCACCACUGCCCUGUCCCGCACAGCCGUCCAGGAGAGCACUGGAGGAAAGACACAGAUUGCUGGCAUCAUUUCGGCUGGGAUUGUGAUGAUCGCCAUUGUUGCCUUGGGGAAGCUUCUGGAACCCUUGCAGAAGUCUGUCUUGGCAGCAGUUGUAAUUGCCAACCUGAAAGGGAUGUUUAUGCAGGUGUGUGACAUUCCUCAUCUGUGGCGGCAGAAUAAGACUGAUGCUGUAAUCUGGGUGUUUACAUGCACAGUGUCCAUCAUUUUGGGGCUGGACCUGGGUCUACUAGCUGGCCUUUUAUUUGGACUAUUGACUGUGGUCCUGAGAGUUCAGUUUCCUUCAUGGAAUGACCUUGGAAACAUCCCUAGCACAGACAUCUACAAAAGUACCAAGAAUUACAAAAACAUUGAAGACCUUCAAGGAGUAAAGAUUCUUAGAUUUUCUGGUCCUAUUUUUUAUGGCAAUGUGGAUGGUUUAAAAAAAUGUAUCAAGUCCACAGUUGGAUUUGAUGCCAUUAGAGUAUAUAACAAGAGGCUGAAAGCACUAAGGAGAAUACAGAAACUCAUCACAAAAGGGCAAUUAAAGGCUACAAAGAAUGGCAUCAUAAGUGAUGCUGGUUCAUCAAAUGCUGCUUUUGAGCCUGAUGAAGAUAUUGAAGAUCCGAAAGAACUUGAUAUCCCAACCAAGGAAAUUGAGUUUCAAGUGGACUGGAACUCUGACCUUCCAGUCAAAGUGAAUGUUCCCAAAGUGCCAAUCCAUAGCCUCGUGCUUGACUGUGGAGCUGUGUCUUUCCUGGAUGUUGUUGGAGUGAGGUCUUUGCACAGGAUUGUUAAAGAAUUCCAAAGAAUUGAUGUGAAUGUAUACUUUGCAUCACUUCAAGAUCAUGUUAUCAAACAGAUGGAGCGAUGUGGUUUCUUUGAUAACAAUAGAAAGGACAUAUUCUUUUUGACUAUUCAUGAUGCCAUACUUUAUCUACAGAAUCAGGUUAAAGACCAAGAAGGACAAGACUCCAUUUUAGAAACAAUCACCCUCAUGCAAGACUGCAAAGAUCCUCUUGAAUUAAUGGAAGGAAAGAUGACUCAGGACGAACUUGAUGUCCAGGAAGAGGCUAUGCGUAGCCUGGCUUCCUGAAAGUGGACUCAGGAGGUCACUGCAAGCAAGGACUGUAAGACAGAACUGACCCACUGACAACACCCUAGCCAAACAAUUUCUGCAUUGACCACUUCUUUGGACUUGAAAUGCUCAUUCUUUUUCUAUUAUAUUUUUAAAUCUUUUGAGUUUUUACACAUCUUAAUCACUGAACAAAAAAAGCAUUAAGAUUAUUUUCAUGCUUUAUUUAUAAAAUCAACAGCUUACCUCUAAAAUAUGCAAAAUGGUGAAGAGAAUAACCCAGGCAAAUUAGCACUGUCCAGCAUGUGCUGCUAUUGUAAUAUGCUGCUGGUCCCCCAGAGCAAGACCUGGUGUGUUCCCCAGGUACUGGAGUCUCUGCUCAGAUGUCAGACGUGUUGACCUGAUGGCCUCCACAGACAGGUGAGCCACAGGACGCAUCACAGGAAAAAUCAGUCUCUGACAGACCUGCUAUCCGUGAGCUGCACUAUCACAGCGUAAGGCCAAGUUUAGUGAAUGCUGAAAUAGUUAUUAAUGCACUUACCAAUAAAAGCCUUAAGUAAUGUUUGGUAAAAAAGCCAGUUUUAAGAAUGAAAGUUUAGUUAAUACGUUGUUCCAGCCAUGUGGCAUGGGCCUAUAAUCUCAACACUCUGAGAGGCUGAGGCAGGAGGCAAUAGCCAGUGAGACCUUGUCUCAAAAUAAUGAAGUGUUUUUAUAUGUGACCAGAUGUAUAACCAGAAUUCAUGGUCUCUUUGAUGCUGGAAAUGGUUCGCUUAAAAGCUAUAUAGAACCUGGCUAUUUUUAAAAAUACUGAUGCAGACAAGUGAAACAGAUAAGAUGAUUUUCAUUGUUUAUAGAAAUAAAUUUUCAACAUGAUACUCAUGGAUCACAGUUAAAAGAAAAUACAAUAGAGUAGCUAGAAAAUGCAGUUUAAACUUAGUCUUACAGAAAUGAUCAUUGUGUGAAGGUAUAUAUAGAUAUGGUCUAUUUAACAUCUAACUGAAAACUGCUAUUUUGAGCAAAAACAAUUUCCAUACAAGACCACGGGUGAUGAAAAUGAGCUUACAUUUUUCUCUAAAUAUUUAGCAGUAUGUAAGAUAAAUAAUUUUUCACUGA